AUAUCAUGUAAAUACAGCAAAUAUUCUGCUGCUAUUUCGAUACAAACGUCACUUUACAGGAAUUUUAACUGUGACUACAGGACGUGUGUGCAGUCAUGUCCGGGGAGGAGGAGAGGAGCAGCUCUGCGUCCAGGAGCUUCGGACAGUGCACCUACACAGCUGAGGAGUACCAGGCCGUGCACAACGCUCUGCGACAGAAGCUGGGACCAGAGUACAUCAGUACCAGAGUGGCUGGUGGAGGACAAAGGGUGUGUUAUAUUGAAGGGCAUCGUGUCAUCAGUCUAGCCAAUGAGAUGUUUGGAUACAACGGCUGGUCUCAUUCUAUUUCCCAGCAGAACGUUGACUUUGUCGACCUCAUAAAUGGGAGGUUUUACGUCGGAGUCAGCGCGUUUGUCAAAGUGCAGCUGAAGGACGGUGCGUUUCACGAGGACGUCGGCUACGGAGUCAGCGAAGGACUGAAGUCUAAAGCUCUGUCGCUGGAAAAGGCGAGGAAGGAGGCUGUAACCGAUGGCAUGAAGAGAGCGCUGAAAUGUUUUGGUAAUGCUCUGGGAAACUGCAUCCUGAACAAAGAAUACCUCCUCGCCAUUAACAAAAUCCCCAAACAGCCUCCUCCUGCUCUGGACCCGGCCCAAACUAAGCGCUCUGAUGGCGAACCAUCAGUGGAGAAGGCCCGGUUCUCUAGUCUGGUCCGGGACGACAAUCUUGCAUCUGCUGCAGGUCCUGCAAGGAUACCGCUGGAGCCCCGGGUCAUCAACCAGAACCAUUCAGAGGUUCAUACUCCUGAUGCCGCUGGUCCGUCCCUCCACAGGAAGAGUGAAAACGGCAGCUCCAGGUCCGCUGUGGACUCGAUGGAUGCUUUUGGGUCUGAAGCGCACACGGACCCCAAACAGCUGAGAAAAUUGCGGCAACAGCAGCUUCAGCAGAAGUUCAGGAGAGAGAUGGAGGCCAAGAAGCUGCAACAGAAACAGGAUGAGACGAAAUCCGAGGAGGCAGAGGUUCCUAUUGGACGAGGAUCCAGCGGAGGGUCCUCCGGCGAAGGUGGUGCAGUGUUCAGCGACGGCAACGCGGCUGAAGACAGGAAGCUCAGCAGCAGAGAUGUGUGUUUGACAGAUGAUCCUGAACUCUGGGAUUUCACUCUAGAUUCGAUCGAGGAGCUGGACGUCCCCGCGGGCGGCCCUCCACCCAGAGCCUUCAGGCCCAGCACACCCGGGAGUCACAAGAUGCAGACGCGCAGCAAGACUCCUCAGAGACCCCCGAGCAGACCUUCAGAGGCCCCGUCGUACAGCAGAGGACACGACCAGGCUCAGCACAGAUCCCAGCACCACAACCAGUAUCAGCAGAGACCAGGUGAAGCCUCCAGUCCGUACAGACAAGGACAGUACAUGAAGAAACGCAGACUGGACACUUAAGACGCUGUUCAAUCAGCUCUGUCUAGAAUCCAGCCGAAUGAUUUUUAUUUAUUUUAGUCUGUACAUUUAAAUUCAUAUUACAUUGACUUGCUGCUAUGUAUAAUAUUUGGAGGGAUGUCGAUAAAUGUCUUCUGGUUUUGUGAAAGUAAAAACAAAACCAAAGAAGUGAGCGAGCUACAGUUACGUAGUGAAUCAAAGAAAACUAGUCUUCAUAUUGAGGUUUUCAGUUUGUUUGAAUAAAAUUCUAUCAGAAAACAUUGUUAUUGUUCAAUAAAUAAAUCCAAAUAAUGCAGUACACCUGGUUCAAACUAUUGUUUUUUGUUGACAAAUACCCCAAUGAGCACUUUUAAUUGAUAUUAUUUUUAUUUGUUUUUACAAUUUGUACAAUGUGAAAAACAUACACAGAAAAAACAGACACUGAAUCACAGAAAGUCAGUAAGGAGGGAUCGGAAAUAAGAGUACAACUGCGUCAGUAGCCUUAAACAGUACUGUGUAGAGAGGUCUGUGAUAAUUACUGAUAAUAGCUUAGUAGCACAUGGAUCGUAAGAUUCGUUGUGAACUUGUGCUGUACAGUGGCCAGUUGUGAGAUGGAUGUCGUUUGUAAGAUUAAAACACCAGUGAAGCCGGCAUGCAGAACUCAUACGCUGAUAGUGUGGUACUGAAGUUGUGCCUGUGAUAUUGAUGAAUGGCAACUGAACAGAUCAACACUUGUCGCAGGAAGGCAAAGAAUUAAAAAAAAACAAAAACAUAAACAGUCUCUAAUAUUCCAAUAUCAAAAACAUUGAAGUCGGCAACAACCCUCAUCAGCAUGCAAAUGUUUCCAAUACCCCUCAGUCCCUAUAAAACUUUAAACAUUGCAUAUUCUGCAUUGCAGUAACUUAUUUUUUUCUCUAGAGAAGUUAAACUAUUCAUUCAAUCUACGAGCAGGCGAAAGAGUCACGACGACAGCAUGGCACUCGUGUGAGGUGGUGAGAGAAGUCGAGUCAGCAUGACAGCUUGGAAACCUUUGUACAGCUCACUUGCUGCCUGAACAAGUGCUUCUAUGAACUAGUUUAAUGAUAAAUCCACAAAAACAAAUGUCAGCCAAAUCCAUGUUCACAUGAGCCAAAUAUAAACACACAGCUGAUUGCACAACCAACGCAAACGUAACUGUAGAGAGAAAACAAACGGUUUUCCGCUUUACUCCGUGUGCUCUUUGUUCUGCGCGUGGCGUCUGUUUUCGGCGUCGCAUGCUCUGAACUGGCCGUGUCGGGUGGUGUGUUCUGCGUCGUGUUCGGUUAAAUGGUUUUCUGCGGUACGGUUACAGCUACAGGACUAGAUGAAUCUGGAACUUGUCAUUAGUGAGGAUGCAAGGCACUAAAGUGUUCCUCAUGUUUACAGGUUAGAGUGCAUGUGCAUUUAACGUGGGUCACCACAAGCAUACUCUAGUGACUGAGCAUUAUGUGAAAGCAUUUACCUCACAUUAACAUAUUUACAACAAAAUAGAAAAAAGGAGGAAGGGGGGGCGGGGGGGGGCAGGGCAGUCAUAGAUAGCAGAGCUUAAUAAACUGCAGGAUUAUUCCUGCAUGGUGGGUAGGAUACCAAUAACAACAACAACCCUGCAAUUGCACUUUUUAUAUUCCUUUAACUACAUGUUGUUUAACAACCUUUAAUAGUAAUUACAGUGAAACAACAUCAAAAUCUGAUGGCUGAAUACAGGUCCAUAAAGAACAUUGUUGUUUGUUUUAUUAAAUAUACGCAUACAAAAACAGACCACAGAAGGAGAGAACCCCAGACACUUGUGAUUUGAGAGGUCACAGAUAAAUGUUAUGGGUAGAAAUAUUUUUGAUGCGACAGGACUUCACUGACAACCUGUUCAUCGGUGUAAACGACUGGGAGAAGUGGGACGCUCUCCACAGAGUCUGAAAUCUUCCUCAAAUACUAUGCUAAAAAAUAAAAACUGCUCAAUUUUCAAGAUGAUAUGAGAAGCAGAUUGCGAACUGUCCACAUGUCACAGUUCAGCACAAAGUGAAGUGGUUUCAUGUGUCCAUUUGGGA